GUUUUGCACUAAUUGCAUUUUCGAAGGUCAGAUAUAAUCGCACUUUAGGAAUAAAGCAAAUCAAGCGUAUUAAUUUUCUCAGAUCACGCUCUUGAACAAUUACCGUGGUGUGUAGAGAAAGAAACUCGCCUUAAGUUAAACUUCAUACUCAAUGUAGUUUCGCUAAUAAAUUUAAUAUACGUAAAACUCCGUUUAUAUUUUGGAACAAAAAACAAUUAAUUUGUGUUUUAAGUUUAGACGAAUCGAUGUGGAUUUCGCUAGAAAGUGGUUUUCUGAAAUUACAAUGAAAAAUCGCUUGACUGACGUCAUCUUUUUAAGCUUACUUUUCAACCUUAAUUUUUUUUCUCCAAUAAAAGUAAAUGGGUAUUUGAUUGAUAAUGGGUAUUUAGUUGAUAAUCUGCAAAAUUCUGAAAGUAGAGAAAAUGAAAAGGGAAAUAUUGUUAAAACGAAUGAACACGACAUUAAAAGUCAAUCAUCAAUCGAUAGACGUCAGUCAAUUCUUAAAAAGGAAGACAUUAAAGAAAAUGUACUUUUAGAUUCAAUUGCAAAUGUUGAAAACCAAAAUGAAAAUGAAGAAAAAUUUGUUGAUUAUAAAGAUGAAAAUGGUUAUAGUGAGUCGGAUGGUUCAGGAUCAGGAUCUCUUGAUGGUAAUGAAAAUAUUUCAUUAGAAAAUGUCCAAGACGAGACAGAAGAUGAAUCGGAAAGUGGAAUAUCUGAGUCUACUGGAAAUGAUGCAUAUAACAUUGAGCCUGACUCGCAUAGCUCUGUAUCAGAAGAAAUUUCUGGCUCUGCUGAGAAAAAAUACAUAAAAUCAUUUUUAAAUAAAUCAACUGACAUAAACGUUCCCCAUACUCAUUAUGACACAGAGGUUAUAAAACGAAAAAACAUCCCUUUGCCACGUCAUAAGUCUAAAAGACAGUUUAUAUCAAGACCUCGUUUUGUUGUAAGAAACGGUUAUGUUUAUAUGAAAGCUCCUCCAAUGACACAAAAAACUAUUGUUACAACACACAUUCCUCGUCCACCAAUGGUAGUUCCUUACAAUACAUUUUUACACCGUUAUAGAGGUGCAUCAUUUAUUGGGGCUGGUCAUAGAAACGGACAUUUUAUUUUGCCUCCACAACAAAUAAUGCAAGAAGGAGAUGAAGGUUUUGAAAUGGAAGAUAGUAGAGAAGAGGGACAUUGUGAUGGUGACCCAUGUAUGAAUGGGGCAACAUGCAAUGAAGUAAGGGAUGGUUAUGAGUGCAUUUGUCCUAUUGGUUUUAAAGGAACAGACUGUGAAGAGGAGGAUAAGUGCCAUCCAAACCCAUGCCACAGUGGAGGCGUUUGCACAGAAUCAAAUGGACAGUAUGUUUGCACAUGCGCAGAAGGAUUUAAAGGAAUUAACUGUCAAGAAAUGAACAGAUGUCAACCAAAUCCUUGUCGAAAUGGUGGUUCCUGUAAUGAGCUUAUAGGUGACUAUGAAUGCAUAUGCCCAGCAGAAUACUUGGGAAAAGAAUGCACAGAAAUAAAUCACUGCCAUCUUACCCCAUGUUUGAAUGGGGGAACAUGCUCAGCUACUUUAGGUAUUGGUUUCUCAGGCCUUGUUCAGUGCAUGUGUUUUCCUGGAUUUAGUGGAUCAAGAUGUGAAGUUAAAGAUAGAUGUCAUUUAAACCCAUGCAAAAAUGGUGGCAAUUGUCAUGAUGGUAUUUGUAACUGCAUCGGAGGAUACACAGGGGAAUAUUGUGAGACAUCACCAUCUCCAUGCUCUGUUUCACCUUGCUUAAAUGGAGGAACUUGUCUGACUAAAGGCUUAACUUCAUAUAAGUGUAUAUGUAGACAUGGAUUUAGAGGAAGCAAUUGUGAAGAGGAAAGUCGAUGUGAACCAAAUCCUUGUUUAAACUAUGGAAUUUGUUUUGAUCAAGAAGAAGGAUUUAAAUGUGAAUGCACGCAUGGUUUUAAAGGAACUCACUGUGAAGAGGAACUUUCUCCUUGUGAUACAAAUCCAUGUUUAAAUGAAGCAACCUGUAUAGUAGAGUAUCAAAAAUAUAAAUGUUUGUGCAAACUUGGUUAUAAAGGACAAAAUUGUGAAGAUCUAGAUAAAUGUCAUCGCCAUCCAUGUAAAAAUGGAGCAACAUGCUCUUCAGAAUCAGAUGAACUUCGUUGUGAAUGUCGUCAAGGUUUUAAAGGAAUUCUUUGUGAAGAACAAGAUCAUUGCUUUCCUAAUCCAUGUUUAAAUGGAGGAAUAUGUUUUGAAAAUGCAGACUCCUACACAUGUCAGUGUCCUAGCGCAUAUAAAGGCAUACACUGCACUGAACGUGAUCCUUGUCAUCCAAAUCCAUGUCAUCAUGAUGCUCUUUGUAUGCCAGAAGGUGAAGAGUUUAGAUGUCAUUGCAAUCUUGGAUGGUCAGGACUUAGUUGUGAAGAGGAAGAUCGUUGCCAUCCUAACCCUUGUUUACACGGAGGUGUGUGUGUUGCACAUGCCAGUCUUCAAUAUGAGUGUCAUUGCCCAAGUAGUUUUGCAGGUCUAACAUGUGAAGUUGAAUCAGCUUCAGUUCAUCAUUAUGAGGAUCAUAAUGAAAAUCUUCCUAAUUGCCGCAACACAAGAUUUGGUUGCUGCCCUGAUGGUGAGAAUGCAGCUAACGGCGCAAAUGGUGCUGGUUGUCCAGAAUUUCAUUACAGACCACCAUAAUGCAUACACACUAUUGUUGUUUUAAUAAGAACUACAUCAUCAUGAGGUGGAACAAUGGGAAGAGCAUCAUACGGCUUAUGCGACCCCAUGGCAUUUUCACCAUGGUCACAAAUAAUGUGUUCAGCAAGGUUAAAUGGUCUAAGACAACUUGAUUGCAAAUGUUUGUCGGGCGUCAUUAAUGUUGGGUGAUAUGACAAUGCUUCAAUAAACCUAAGCUAACCCCACAUUAACUUAACCAGCGCAUUAAAUUCAAGCAUAAUCGAAGAAUAAAGAGGCUUAAAGAACUGUUCAAAAUCGUCUUGUCUGUUUUAUAAAUGAUUGUUAAUCAAUGUACAUAUGGAAUUGUUUUUGUUAGUUUUUUAAAUUGAACAUUUUUUGUCAAGUUACAUAAACUGUAGUUCUACUUUACUGUGUGACAUCGCAUAGAACAAAAAAUAUUAUCAUACUACUUUA